AUGUUGAACAGCCGCCGUCUACCUCCAUGUGUGGCGGUUGUGAUUGUCGUAUGGUUCAUCUUCUGUUGUUGUUCCUGGCCGGCGUAGCUGCCGCCGUUUUGAAGCAUUUUCUGCUCUUCCCCAGUAUGUUGAUUGUGGUGACUGUACCUUGGUUUGGUGGGAGUGUAGUUCUUCCUUAUCCUUCUAGGUUUCCCCCUGAUUUUGUUGCCCUGUAUGGUUGGAAACGGGAGAGCUUCCACAGUACCACCACACUUCUCUUGCCAUUGCCGAUGACAAACACAAAGCCUUG